AUGGCACGAAGUAAAAAUAUACUACCGCCGAAUAAGACUGGCCAACCAAGAUCGAGUUCGAAAGGUCGCAUUCCAGCUGCAUUACGAAAUCACCUUGCCUCCGAUGGGCUUUACAAGAUAGUAUCAUGGGAUUUGGGUACUGGAUAUACAAGCAUACAUAUUGCAGACAUCGAGGUCAAGUCGGGGGAGCUCACAAAUUUGGAAAGCAUCAAGCCGACCCAUUUUUAUCGCUAUUCCAGUAAUCCAAAUCAGCGACCGGAAAUUACAACAGAAGUCCCGACUAUAUGCGCUCACAUCCCUGGCGAAACAGAUGAAUCCAAAGCUCAACAUGGAUACGAAGUCGACCCUAUAGGCGAUGAGACUGGGGCAGUGGUUAUCGAUAGAAUCAAGGAGGCGUUGUAUUCUGGACCAGAAGCAAGGGAACAAAACAAGGCUCUCAGGAAUUUGGCACUCAGAAUUCCCUAUCUUAAGACUCGAUAUAGUGAUACCCAGCUAGCAGCUCAUCCAGAGAUCUGGAUGCUGGCUGAUUACAUCCUUUGGCUUGCUCAGCUGGUGAACUCAACCAUUAUCAAAGAAGACCUUCAAGGAGAUCUGAUCUGGGUUUGUACCAUCCCUUCUAAUUGGGACAGAAAUAGUAUCAAGUUGUAUACGCUUGCUCUGGAUGCUUCUCCGAUUCUUGCUGGCAGAUAUAUGCUGCAAUCGGAGAUAGAAAGCGCCAUCGCAGGACUGAUACACCAAUCCCCAAAGGGAUCAAGAAUGAAGGAUGGCGAUGUCUUCUUCACAUUUGAUAUUGGUAAAGGAACAUCUGAUUUUAGCGUCUCUCGUCAGAUAUCUAGCGACCCAACUCAAGUUGAAGAAAUUAUGCCGUCUGCCGCAUUGUUUGCGGGAUCGAGGACUGUACUACAGCUUUGGGAGUCGCACAUCCGUAACCUAUGUAAGAAAGAGUCAGAAGAUUCCGACCAUUUUGAAUCAGACCUAGCCACUUCAAGAGUGAGUUUCGUCAGAAGUAUGCAUACAUACAAAGGACAGUCCGGGAAGGAAGUGGAUAGAGUGUACCGUAUCUGUGGACAAAAGAUCACAGUAACAAGUGCAACGCUUGUGGCUUAUGGGGCUAUAAUCCGGGCUGUCACAUCUGUCAUGUCGAUUAGAAAAAGCCAUUACUGGAUAGGACUUGCAAGGAAGGAGUUCUAUUAUAAGAAAAAGCACACCAAUAUACCUCGAGCAGAUAUUGUGAAUGACGAUAUUAUGGGAAACAAUGGCAAGAUGAAAAACGAAAAGCAAGUAAGGACCAUUCAGUGGUGGGCUCAACCAGGGGAAAAUUGCGUUGUUGAUGGCGUCAUCGAUCAGAUGCCCUUUAUUAAGAUGGCAGAAAUCUUUGAUGAAGAGGGAUCUGUAGCAAACCAAUCCACAGAUUACAAAGUGCCUAUAAUGGUAUAUAUUUGUCCAAGUUUGGAUACAUCGCAAGUGAUGGAUAACGACAAAGACGAGAUCGCGGAAAAUGGUGCUGGAAAAAGAGGCUGGUCUUAUCAGAGUACGACUUCUAAAGUAAAGGAGUUUGAAUUUGAAAUCGACUUCAGUCCUAGCGUCCCUAAUCCCUUAGUUAACGCCAGCGAAUUGGUCCCGGUCAAUGGAUUCUACAAUAUUAAUUGGACCAUUUUUGCUGAAACCACAGGCAUUGGAAUCGACUUUUGGUGUGCCGUCCGUUCGAAUGAUCAAGACUUGAAUAUGCGAAUGGUACACCGAGUUCUAUUUACGGAUCUUGUGGGAGUGAUCCAGCAAUCUUAUGUUGUUGAUGAUGAUGAUGAGAUUAUGGAGCAUAACAGCGAAGACAACGGAUCUAUACCAAAAGAAACAGACGAGAAAGAGGCUGAUAACGAUAAACUUGAAGUUGAGCAACUCAACUCCAAGAACAAACCACUCUUUCCAGGUCUCAUUGCAUCGCACCCAGCCUCAAAUGUCGUUGACAUCAGUAGUACAAAGGCAGCAGCGAUAUCAAAAAGUAACAAACGACAAGGAUCUGAGCAGCUAGAAGAGCAACCCAGAAAAAAAAAGGCUAAAAAUUCGACUCUAUCUUCUCAAGGCACAAAUACAAGUGAUAAACCUCUAACACAACCACAAAUUGAAAGCACAACGGUGAAAGAUACACUAACGCCUGCCAGCAGUUUGGAGUCAGAAGAAGUCCAGUCUCCAAGCUCAAAAUCUUCGGAAAAACAACUCGAGAAAUCGCAUUCAGAGCCGGAUGAGGAUGUAGAAAAGGAAGGUAUCUUUAUCAACCCUGAAACUCUAUUGAAAAACAUUUCCGAUUCGAAUGAGACUAUAGCAGAGCCAGUCAUAGAGGAUUUUGAAGAUGAGGAUGAGUAUAAUGCUGCAAUGAUAGAAUACAUCGAUCAACUUCGACACGAGGGAUUAACUAGGCUACAAGCAGGCUGCGAUUCUGAAGCAUGUAUGCAUUUCAACGAGCAGAUCUGGAUUCAAGUCUGUCAGUUUAUCCAUCAUAAGCCAACCCUAAAGAAACCGGAAUAUUGUGUUAAGGUUCCUGGCGGUUUUGGGCAUCAAUUACUACCUUGUCAGCUUCAUGGUGUUUGGUAUAGUCUUCGGCAGAUUCAUGGUAUUGCAGGGUCUGUUUUUCUAUGUCACAUUAUGGGUAUUGGAAAAACCACUAUGGCACUCGCGAUCCAUUGGAUUCAACAUAUCUUCAAUAUGAUAUGGGCUGACAUAAACGCUAAUUCGAAGGCUCAUGUUACACAUGGCGAAUGUCCAGCCAAUAAGCAGAUGUAUAGAACAUAUGGGUUCGAUUGCCCUUGCUCUGCUGACAGUGCAAAUCACUGGUUGAAGGAGAGAUUGGGUGUCACCGUUGCUCUUACUCCUCUCGGUCUAUUGAAUGUUUGGAAAGCUGAGCAUAAACAGUGUUUUAAAAAUAUUCCUGAUCAGAUUUUGGUCAAAGCACAUGGUACUGCUAAUACCAGUGGAGGCGAUCAAUUGGAUGGCAGCACGCAAGCUCUAUUGAAAGGUACAGAGAUUUUCCAAGAAGAGGUUUCCCAAGGCAAUGAAGAUAAAUCUCUGGAUGAGUCCAAAAAGCCGAAAAUUCCGUCAAUUUAUACACCACGCCUUCAAAAUGGGCACGUAUUUAUUAUUACCACACCAGAAUCAUUUGCCAGCCAAUUCUUGAAUAAAUUUCAGCACAUAAAGACAUGGUGGUACCAGCCACCAGGUAAACCAUCUACCAACAGCCAAGGGAAACAUUAUAUUACCAAACCCCAGCGACAACAGCGGAAAACACCAGCUUAUCAAUCAUGUAUUGUCUCUCUUCUGUUCAAAGACGAAUUCCAGCUUCGAAGGACAGAAUCUAUUAGAGCUAUCCACGAUAUUCAAAUGCGACAACAUAUCAAGAACGAAACGAAAUUGCUACAUGAUUGUGGACAUGAAGUCUAUCAUCGAAUCGCAUUAGUAUUGUUAAGUGGUACGCCUUUGAUGACAGGACCAUUGGAUAUUUCCGGUUUUGUUCAAUUGAUGUGUCGCGAUAGCUGGAGGAAGGAUGCAGUUUUGCGAAAUUGGAUGCAUAACGAGUUGCACGAUCUUGGUGAAAGAUGGAAGAAAUGGACUGAUAGCAGGUCUAUUGAUACUCAAGAUAUUUCUCAUGAAAUAACUCACAGGUUUAGUCCGCUGGUAGAGAAACUUAUGAUUCGAUGGACUACGAACAGCGAUCUUCUUGGUGAGAAACCUGUUAUUGUGCCACGGAAUCUCUACUCCGACAUCAAAUGCGAUAAUGGACCAUACUGGACUCCUAGGGUUGACUCUCUUGGCCAAGAAGAAUCUAAGAGGUUGGAAAAGAGAGAAAAGAUACGUCGAGCGAAAUAUGGCCAUCUCAAAGAUUAUAAGCCAUUAGACAAGACUAAUGUUAAUAUCUACUAUCGUUCUCGACUAUGCGCAUCCUUCCCAUAUCUCAUGGAGCUUACCGAUGACGAUGGCAUUUCGUUGAAACUGACAGAGGCUGAAUGGGUAGAGAAAACCACAGGAAAGAACUGGGAAUGGAAACAGGAGACAGAUACUGAUCCGUACUUCAAACAUUUGAAGGAGAUUGUUGCAUCUUCGGGCAAGCUUCGUGAGAUUGAGAAAAAGAUCAAUAAAUACAAACACUUCACUGAUGCCGAAGAGAAGUUGGCAAGGCAAAUCUUCUGUUCCUAUUUCUUUACCGGUGCCUAUAUCAUGUAUCUGUGGAUGAUAUACAUCCUUAAGAUCAACCCCGAGGAUGUCAUUUUCUUAUACAAGCCUAUGGGCCAAAGAAAAAUCAAUGAUGCAUUAGCAAGAUUUCAUGUCAAUGUCGACAGCAAAAUACCAGCUAAGGAACAGAAAACCGCUAGAUACAUUGUUGCAACUAGUUCAUCCUUUGCUGUAGGACUGACUCUAGCAGAGGCUGUAUCAGUCGGCUUCCUAGAGCCAGAUUAUCAUGCAGAUACUGUGGCUCAAGGGAUUCAUCGCCAUUGUCGCCAGGGGAAUAAAAAUCUGGAUCAUGGUGUCGAAUCCUGGAUGUUUAUGGUGAAGGAUAAUAAAGUGGAAGGAAGGAUAUUCGAUGUUAACAAUCUACGCAAGCAAAUUAUUAAUGCAGCAGAACGUAAAGUUGACGAUAAUGCGAAGAGGGAUGGGCAGGAUAUAAUCUCAAAUCCUUAG